CGUCCCGCCUUCCGCCGCUGCGGCCGCCCGGUCCCCGCGCUCCGCCGGGCUCAGCUCUCGUUCCCUCCGUUCCCGUUCCCUCGGCUCCGCUCGGCUCCGCUCGGCUCCGCUCCGCCGCGGCAGGCGCCGCGGGCAGGAGGACGGGAGGCGGCGGUGCCGGGCGCUGCCAUGCGGGCGGGCGGCGCCGGGGCGCGGGGCGGGUGAGGGCGGCGGCGGGCGCUGGCGGCGACUCGCAGCGGCUCCAGCGCCUGGUCCCGCCCGCGGGAGCCGCCGGGCCGGCGGGGAGCGGCGCGCAGGGCAUGCCAUCCGCCUCGCCCCAAUGUUUCACUGGGGCAAGUGGAAGAAGAGGAUGGGAGCGAGCGCCUCCUCCUCCAAGAGACCCGUCUUCGACGAGCGGGAGGACGUGAACUUUGACCACUUCCAGAUUCUCCGGGCGAUCGGGAAGGGCAGCUUUGGCAAGGUGUGUAUCGUACAGAAGAGAGACACUGAGAAGAUGUACGCCAUGAAGUACAUGAACAAACAGCAGUGCAUCGAAAGAGACGAGGUUCGCAAUGUGUUCCGAGAGCUGGAAAUCCUGCAGGAGAUCGAGCACGUGUUCCUGGUGAACCUCUGGUACUCCUUCCAGGACGAGGAGGACAUGUUCAUGGUGGUGGACCUGCUGCUGGGCGGCGACCUGCGCUACCACCUGCAGCAGAACGUCCAGUUCACGGAAGAAAUGGUCAGACUCUACAUCUGCGAGAUGGCGCUGGCGCUCGACUACCUGCGGAGUCAGCACAUCAUCCACAGAGACGUCAAACCAGACAACAUCCUCCUCGAUGAGCAAGGUCAUGCACAUUUAACAGAUUUUAAUAUUGCAACAAUAAUUCGGGAUGGUGAAAGAGCAACUGCAUUAGCUGGAACAAAGCCAUACAUGGCCCCGGAGAUUUUCCAUUCGUUCCUGAGCGGCGGGACGGGCUACUCCUUCGAGGUGGACUGGUGGUCGCUGGGAAUCAUGGCUUACGAGCUGCUGCGGGGCUGGAGACCGUACGACAUCCACUCCAACAACCCCGUGGAGUCCUUAGUUCAGCUCUUCAGCACUGUGAGCGUUCAGUACUCAUCGGCAUGGUCAAAAGAAAUGGUUGCUCUGUUGAGAAAGCUGCUGACGGUGAACCCCGAGCAUCGCUUCUCCUGCCUGGCCGACGUCCAGGCCUCCGCGUACCUGUCCGGCGUGGUCUGGAGCGAUGUCUGUGAGAAGCGCGUGGAGCCGGGCUUCGUCCCCAACAAGGGCCGCCUGCACUGCGACCCCACCUUCGAGCUGGAGGAGAUGAUCCUGGAGUCCAGGCCCCUGCACAAGAAGAAGAAGAGGCUGGCGAAGAGCAAGUCGAGGGAUAACAGCAAAGACAGCUCACAGUCUGAAAAUGACUAUCUCCAAGAAUGCCUUGAAGCUAUCCAGCAAGACUUUGUCAUCUUUAACAGAGAGAAGCUAAAGAAGAGCCAAGAGCCGACGAGUGAGUCCGUGUCCCUCCCCGAGACCACCGACGAAGCCGAGACGGAGGCCGAGUCCGAGACCUCCAACCUGAACAUGUGCAGCUCGGUCUGCUCCUCGGGCAGCAGCUAGGCUGCAGUGCGGCCAGGGCCGCCGGCCCGCGCCACGGCCGCGCCGAGCACCGCGGGCUGUGCCCCGGCCACCGGGAGCACCCGCAGCCGGCCUUGCGAAGCUGUAGCAGAAGAGAGAGAGUUCUUACAGAACUGCGCUCCCAGAUUGAACGCAUCGCUGGUUCAGCACAUGGGCUGCCUGGCGUGGGUAAAGAUACUUGCUAUGCAACUUGUCGGAGGAGGUAGAUCAACUUCUUUACUUGUUCUUUCUUAGCAUCAGGUUGCUGAUCUGCACAUGUUUUUAAUGCAGUAAGGUGACAAGAAAAGAAGUUACAUCCUUGAGCACAACAAGGAAGACAGGGAGCAGGUGUGGCGAGGGAGGAGGGCUGAGCAGGUGGUUUGAAUUUUACUUGGGUGUUCUCUGUUUGUGAAGGCUGCUGUAGGGACAGGCAAUCCUCGUGUAAGUCGGAGCAGCCCUGGGGCCUCUCGGGGCUGUGGCGGGUGGCACAGGCUCCUGGGAGCCCCGAGCUGUUGGGUCCUGCAGCAUAAGGACAUCCCAGGUACGUCCUUGUCCUCUCCUCACCUCUCAGAGUUUCUUGCCUGACUUGGGGCAAAUAAGUGGUUUUUGUGCACUCCAUGAAUUCUCCUGGGGCUGGAUAAUGAUCAAACAUGUAACUGAGAUGCGGAAUGUAUUUAAAAUAUUUUCUUUCUUCAUACAGCUGCUGUGAGUGGCGAGGAGCUGUGGGACAACCGGAGGGUUCGGUUGUUUGCCCAGGUUUGGAGGACACAGCUUGUCACAGGUCCAGUUUUUACUGGAGGCCAAGUGGGUGGCCUUGCAAUGCUGCUUGCUUAUGAAAGAGGGGCGUAUCUUAUUUCACCCUUCGAUUUACUUUAUUUUUUAGUGUAAAGUACUGUAUAUAAUUUACCAAUACCUGUUUUAACUUAAGACGGGAGGUCUCCUUAACUUGCUCCAGCUGUGGCUGUUGCCUCUUGUUUCAGAAGCCUUCACUAUAUUAGUUGCUUAAUGUGCUGUGGAGUGGCUUUUGGUUCCUGUUGCUAGAAACGAGCCUGGCGUUCUGCUGCGCCCAGCGGCUGCUGUGGCACGCAGGGCUCUCGUUAGGGCUGCGUUCGGUUCAAACCGGCAACAUCCGUUUGCUGCCGGACACGAGGAGGCUGCAGGGUUUGCAUCCUUACUGCGUAUUCGUCAUGCAAAAAUGGAUAGAUGUUUUUAAGAGGUGCAGACUCUUUCAGGACAAAUUUUGUUGCGUUUUUCGUUUCCGCGAAUAAAAUAGAGAGGUGUAACUGAUCCUAAACAACUUUAUAUGAAAAAUGAUGCAAAGCAUUUAUUUUCCACAGUUUUAUGUGGAAAUCAGCACGUGGCUAAAAUUGCGCAGAACCAAAAUUUCGUAGAUGUCUUUGAGAGGAGCGUUGAGGUGUGCGGGCACAGCUGGCGCGGGCACAGCUGGCGCGGGCAGCCCGGCCCUUGUCCCUCUGCCACCCUCAUGUCCCCGGUGCCAGCCCGUGCAGCCCCCAAUGUAGUACUAACACUUCAAUCUCAAGUCACAAAGCCACAUCGAGAGCGGCUCUGAGUUGCCUCUGCUCGCCUGCUGCUGCGCCUGCCAGGGCCCGGCUGGGGGCAGGAGGUGCAGAAUGAGCGUCAAAACCACCUGUUCAUUCAGGAUUUAUAGAUUACAGAUGAUUACUCCACUGGUACCGAUAGGGAUUUUUCAGUAAACUCCAUUGCACUAUUUAUCAUCUUUCUGUAAAUAAUGACUAAAGUUUGGACUGUCAGAAUAACAAGGAGUGUAACUUAUUUUUUUGACCAAACCAUCCUGUCUGUGAGAGAUGCAAACAGAUCCUAUUCAACCAAAAGGUCUCGGGCCAGAAGACAUGUUGGUCGUUUGGUAGGACAGGUCUCAUCAGACGUUUUCAUCACUUUCUUGAGGUUGAGGCCGGUGUGUGUAGGGAGGAGCUGGCUCCUGAAGUGGGUGUUUAUCACCCAGACACUCUCCUCGUUGGUCACUCAUGUUCCCUUUUCAGCACUGCUCUUCCUGGGUAAAUCGUGCAAAACAUGCUCGGCAGCACGUGGCAGGCAGCGGGAAGGCUGCAGAGGGGACGGCGGUGGUUGCUCCUGCCCAGGUGAACCGAGCGCGCGCAGGUUCUGGCUGCCAGGGAAGCACCACGGGAGCCCAGGGGCGCGUCUGCAUGGGGAAGCUGCUCAUCCAGAGACCCCGCGGGACACAGACCUCCAGGAUCACUGUGCUGAGCAGCAGAGACGUUGUGAACACACUGCCGCUGAGGUACUCGUUAUCUAUCUUAAUUAAUGCAUGGGCGUAACUUCCCCAGGUCCCACUAAGUUACUGGCGCCUGUUUGUGCCUGGUCUGCGGAGAUGAAAUUACAAGAAAAGACAGAAAAACAGUAAGAAACAGAUAUGCGUUUGCUUUGUUGUCACACUCCCCAUGACGGGUUUCAAUGCGCCGGGUCCUGCCGUGCCGCUGCCAUCCAGACCCCUCUUGUGCGUGUCCCCAUCCCCGUGUCCCCAUCCCCACUGGCCCCACGGCUGUCCCAGGGCCAGCCCGUGCCAAGCUCGGCCCAUGGCGCCGCUCCUGCGGGCAACAGGAGCCUCCGUGCCCCUGGCCGCCCCCUUGGUGACGUGCUGUCCCGUUGCUGCUGCGAACCGUCCCCGGCGUCGUCUCUCGUGUGUGACGGAGCCUGGUGCAGCUCCCGGUGUGAGCAAAGCUCACCGUGAAGUCCUGAAACACUCCUGGUACCAACCCCCCCGUGCAGAGCUUAAAGGAGGCGGUAGCAGCUCUGGUUUACAUCUCCACUACAACCACAAUACAAUAAUUUUCUGUAGAUAAAUAUUUAAAUACACGUAUUUUUUGUAUGACAGAUUUAUACAGGGUGUGCCAUUAUUUGCUGUGAAAAGCCUACAUUGCCUAUAAAUUGUUCUCCUUAAAUUCCUUGCCAUAAGAUUGUUUUCUUACCUCUGUCGUAUUAUGAAGUUUUGCAAAGUUGCAUAUUUUUAAGUGUUUCCAUUGAAUUCCACAGACUUCACUGGGAAUUUUGGCUAGAGAACAAAUGUCAGAUCAGGUCCUGAUGUUUCUUCUGUUGCCAGUUUUUUAUUACUCUAUGCCUUGCCAAAAAGAGAAUACGAGUAAUAAUAAAACAAUAGCAAAAAGGCCAAUAAUAGGAACUUGCCAUUGGACAGCACUGGAAACCCGAUGCCUUGGUAGGGUAUUUUUUGGAAAUAUUUCAGUGGAAAUAUAUAUAAAUAUAUCUUUGUAUUUUAUGUUAAUACAUUCCUGUAAUUUUAUUGCAUGAAAAUUUUACCAUGUCACAAAAUAUUUAAGUUAUGACACGUUUGUGUGUUUGCAGCUACUGCGAGAAGCCAUUGCGUAUGUGGAGUAAUAAAUGUGUAUUUUUAACACUG